AUGUCGUUCCUAAAGAAGCUCACCAAGGACUUUGAGGGUCUGAUGCACGACAAGGACGGUCAGUCCCAGGGCGGCCAAGAGUCCAGUCGCGGCCACGACCAGAGCUACUACGGAGGCCCGCCCGAGCACCAGUACGGCCAGCCGCCGCAGCAGCAUUACGGCCAGCCUCCCCAGCAGUACGGCCAGCCCCAGCAGCCUUACGGUCAGCCGCCUCAGCAGUACGGUCAGCCUCCGCAACCCUACGGACAUUCCCCGCAGCCUUACGGCCAGCCGUACGGCGCACCCCCCUCGAAUUACUCGAGCCCGGCUCCUCAGGGCGGCUACGGCGCGCCUCCCCCGCCGCCUCCUCCGGCCCACGAGCCCGCUCCCCUUCCGCAGGGCUGGUUCUCGUCUUGGGACUCUCGCCGCAACCGCGCCUACUACUUCGAGCCCGGCUCUGGUCGCACGCAGUGGGAGCAGCCCGGCGGACCUCAGGGUUACCCCGGCGAGGCGCCGCGCAGCGACUUCUACCAGGAGUAUGGUCACGCAAUGCCGCCUACCGGAUACGGCCAGCAGGGAGGAUACGGUCAGCCGGGCUACCCGCCACCGGAGGGCAGCCACGCCGACAACUCGAGGGCGUAUUACGGCGACGUGGAGCAGAAGGAGAAGAAGAAGGAGGGCCACGGCAUGGGCACCGUCCUGGCCGCUGGUGCCGUCGGUAUCGCCGGCGGUGCGCUGGUUGGCGCCGCCAUUGCGCACGACUCGGAUUCGGACGAGGAGCACCGUGCGCCUCCUCCGCCACCUUCGGGCGACUACUACCCCGACGAGACGCGUUCCGGGUCUUCGGUGUCGAGCAGCGACAAGGAGGAGCUGGAGGAGCGUAGAGAGGAGCUUGAGGAGGCGCAGGAAGAGUACGACGAGGCCUACGAGGAGGCGUACGACUAG